AUGUCACCUGGAGCGUCAUGUUCCGGCGUUCCGGUACCACCCCGCCCGGCCGGAACCCACACAUUCCUCCUGCCGGCGGCUCCCCCGUUCGUCUCAAAGUUCACCAUCAAUCGAAGAGAUCCUCGGACGGCCUCUUCUUGUUUUGGUAAAGCAAUAACGCCAAAGCGCUGCUUUGUCGUGGCCGGCGGACUUACUUGGGUUGAUGGGGUUGAAGAAGAGCUCAUGGAGCUACAAAAGACACAAGAGCAAAGUUCAGGCAAGUUAAAGAAGAGGCCGCCUUUGAGGCGUGGAAAGGUCUAUCCCCAACUUCCUGUACCAGAACACAUUCCAAGACCUUCUUAUGUGGGUGCAAACAUACCACAAGAACUACCCGCAGUUCGCCAAAUACACAAUGCCGAAGGUAUCGCUGGGAUGAGAGCUGCUUGCAAACUUGCUGCCCGUGUACUGGACUUCGCGGGAACAUUGGUUAAGCCAUCAGUUACUACAAAUGAAAUCGACAGGGCGGUGCAUCAUAUGAUAGUUGAGGCGGGUGCUUAUCCUUCUCCACUUGGCUAUGGUGGAUUUCCUAAAAGUAUCUGCACAUCAGUAAAUGAGUGUGUCUGCCAUGGACUACCUGAUUCAACACAGCUGCAGAAUGGAGACAUCAUAAAUAUUGAUGUAAAUGUGUUCCUAAAUGGGUACCAUGGCGGAACUUCCAGAACAUUUGUAUGCGGAGAAGCGGAUGAAUCUAUCAAGCAUUUCCUAAAGGCAGCUGAAGAAUGCUCGGAGAAGGGUAUUUCUGUCUGCAGGGACGGUGUAAACUACAGAAAAAUUGGCAAGAAGAUAAGUAAGCUUGCUUAUUUCUACGGCUAUCAUGUGGUGGAGCGCUUUGUUGGACAUGGAAUUGGAACUAUGUUGCAUUCUGAGCCACUUAUCCUCCAUCAUGCAAAUGAAAACUCUGGUCGAAUGGUUGAAGGUCAAACAUUCACAAUUGAACCUAUACUUACAAUGGACAAAGCAGAGUGUGUUACAUGGGAAAAUGGAUGGACUACUGUCACAGCCGAUGGCAGUUGGGCAGCACAGUUUGAGCACACUGUAUUGGUCACUAGGACGGGCGUAGAGAUAUUGACAAAACUUUGA